AGAUUGAAAAAAGCCAAGCUAAUUACUGUCACGCCGUUGUGCGAGAUGCAAGUAAGCGUAGAAUCGGUGUUGAAUCCGUCGCGACAACAUGCGCCAUAAUCCUCUUCGAGCGGUGAGUGGCGAAAAUCAUCCUUAGUUGCAAAUGAGAACUGCCGCACGAGGAACUCGUCGAUGCGGUACAGUUUCAAUGCGGAUCGCAGCCCUGGUCCUCGCGCUGGGAAAGACUGCAACCGCCGUAGGGCUACGGAAAAUCCAGAACUUGGCGUCACGCCAAGCCAAGAAUGAUUUUGUUCACCGAUCCGCCUCCGCGCUCGGGCAGGAACAAGCCGCAGAGGCGUGUAUGUGUGUCAACGAGGGGUCCACAAAAUUCACGGCGCCGAUGGCUGACGGCAUGAACCAGGCCUGGUGGAAUCCCGUCCGCGUAAACGACACCUACCAGGACACACCGUAUGGACUGAACUUAUGACACUCUCAAGUGUUACUUUCCCAGCUGUUACAUGAUUUGCCAUGCAGAAUGAGCAUCAACGUCCACACGGUGAAGAGUUGCAAGCUCCGGCCUUUCCGUGUUGCCAUUCUUGCGUCGCAAAUUCAUGUAACGGCCGAGAGUGUAGCGAUUGAGAAUUCAUAGCAGUACACGACCAAAUAUGGCGGUGUUGCGGAUUACGGCGAAUACUGCUAUGGGUGGGAGUAUGGAGGUGGCAGGAUCGAAAUCGACAAAAUCGCAAAAAAAUUCGAUGCAUAUUAAAACAGAUACCAGUUGGAGCCUCAGUUUCGGUUUCCAAGUGGCGCAUGACAAAUUAAGUAUUGGAGCACGAAGAUCCAGCCUGUCACGCUGUUGGGGCAAAGAAGACUGCUUCUGUCGUUCUACUUUGGCAGCACAUCGCCUGCCCCUAAACAGGCUUGCAACAAUCGGCCUCAUUUGCAUGCUCCCCACCACAGGCCUUGCGUGCCCUACAUUUUAUGCAUUACAAAUUUUUCGACUUUGUCGAUUUCGGCCUUGGCACUCCCAUAGGGAGGACGAGUGCGACAGUGGGAUCGCUGGACGGCGACCCAACUGCACGAUCACAUCCUAUCGGACUGGCAAACGUUACACUCCCAACUGUUACGCGAUUUGUCAUGCAGAAUGAGCGUUUGCAUCCACAUGCACAUGGUGAAGCCACUGCGCAGGAGGCGUGACAAAUUUUGGAAUGGGAUUCAUCGAAUUACAAUUAGUAAUGCAUAUGCAAGAGUUGCAGUAGGUUCCGGUCUUUCUCUUUCCCUUUUGCCAUUCAAGUAGGCGAUGUGGUACUAGUAAACGACGAUAAGCGAUGUGCGACGCUGCAGUGAUAAAACUUCGAGAUGCCGCUUGAAACGAACCGGAACCCAAACCCCUCCGCACGUGCCCCCCUAGUGCAGGAUAAAUGAUGGCGAUCAUGAUUCUUGCACGAAGAGGGGCGGCCCUUCUGGUUGUGUUUGUGGUCUCGGUCGGUUUAGCAUCACAAAUUCAAGUAACAGUAGUUGGGCAUGUAACAUGUGAGAACUCCAUACAUUCCCGACCAUGCAGUGUCCGGGGGUACGCAUUGCAAAUAGGACGUAUGCAAUACAAAUUUCCCGUACAUGUACAAGAUGCAUCACAGAUUUCACCAAUUGCAAUUUCUUUGGAGUCUACUAACACCUGUCAUGCUAAACCGGGAUCGCAGCGGCCCAGGUUAGCGCGGUUUUGUCAUACAGAGACCGCAUUUGUAAGUGUGCGGGAAAUUUCCAGUGGAUAGGUCGUCUGGGUCCGAAACCACGAGAGCCGAACUUGUGAUGCUCUCUGACCGUCAAUCGAGCAAAAAUCUGUCUUGUGUGAGUAGUACGUUUUUUUGAUGCCACAUGGACAUUUUCACAGUUUUCCGUGCGUGAUGCAGGCAUCUGGAGGCCUUCAGAAAUAAUUCUGCGAUGCUAGUAUGCUACUUGUGUCUUAUUUCUGGGUCUCCUAGGGGAGGCAAAAACUACUGCACGGCAUCAAAAACUACAGCACGUUUCUCCAGACCCAGACAGAGACUUGCAGUUGAUAGGAAGGAGGUGGGGGCAACGACAUCCCAGGCGCGGUGCCGCCCGUGGACCCGACCUGCCACAUGAAGUGGUGCUACAUCAAGAUGGCGACACAAGGCAACGGCGACAUCGCGAAAGCUGACGCGACUGCCGCACCGGUGUGCACCAACAUUUUGGCGACAGUAUCCUGUGCAAUAGCUGUAUCGAAGAACUCUUGGCGAUUGCAUUGAUUUACGAGUUUGCUGAGCAUGAUGCUGACGAAGGAAGUAGCCCCUUCUGAUGUGGAGGUUUAUUGCGAGAAAAAAUUGUCAACUUUUAGAAGUACAUAAUUGCAAUUACUACGAGUACGGUGCUUUUGCAACACAUAGACAGAGCUGAAGCCAGAUACGGUCGGUGACAAGACCGUCUGGUAUUCCUACUCCUACUGUUAUACAUUGCAAAUGUGCAGCCUGGGUCUGGAUUUGUGAUGCAAGGUUUGAAGGACAAGGACAUGGACAAUAAGUUGUAGUGCAUGGUGGAAGUAGGUAGGAGUGAGCAGCUUCAUUUUUUGUCGUCCUGGCAGAGAGUUAGUGAUUGUGUUUGUCAUGCUGACGAGCACGAUUGAACCCGCAAGAUGCCAAGGAACACUUGGCAGGAUGUUAUGCCAUACAAGGAAAUCCUCUGGUAUGCGUACUUAUGCAAGGACCAGCACGACAAAUUAUUGUUUGCAUCUUCCCGAUGAACGACCCAGACAUCUUUUCCAUUGAUAACUGCACCACGACCACAACCACAACUACCGUCACAACUACCACGACCAUCGGCGCGCCUGUAUGGAUGAAAAAAGCACCAACACAACAAUCACAUUUUUGCGAGUUUUGGAUCGGAAAUCUGGCUGAUACAACGACAAAUUGCAUUCUUGUUUUGCAGAACCAUACAGGGAAACCACGUAUGAAAUUGACUGGGACGAUACAUUUUUAUGCAUGACACGGAAAUUGCGCAAGGGUGACGGCGAUGGUGUUUUUCUCUUGGACACCCUUCGGAUCGAUAA